AUGUCCAGCCCGCCUCGCAACGCCCGAAAUGCCGCACCCGCGACCCUGGUGAGCCCCGCGCAUUCGUCGUCGACGUUGUCGUCCUCGCCCAUUCCCACUACCACUCCUUCCACCACCACCACCACUACCACCACAAUCAUCACCACCACUGCUUCCGCCCCCGUCUCCAGCUCCGCGCCCUGUGGGAGUGACUCCCCGUCCGACCCAGCUGCUGCUUCCAUCGCUGGUGCUGACGCGCCUGUCCCAGAUCCUGGAGCUGGAUCGGAUGCUGCCGUUGCCGCUGCCGCUGCCGCUGCCGCUGCCCAGCGAGAGCAUCAGCAGCGACUGCCUCUGCCCUCAUCCCUCCCGCCCUCUCUUCGAGACACCCCCCUGGCCCAAGCUGCAGAUCUACCCCCUGCCACGGCUGCUGUCACCCAGCACCAGCAGGAUACCUCGAGCCAUGUCGACCCGAAUACUAAAAAGCCCCGAGGCCCUGCCGCCCUCCCGAGGCAGUCCGGUCCGUCCUUGCUAACCCAAGCACUCGCCUCAGCUCGCGGCAUCCCUUCGAGAUCAAAUUCCCACCAAGAUCAACCACUCCAACCGCAUGCACAGCCCUCGUCCUCGUCCUCAUCAUCGUCAUCGUCCUCUUCGCGCCCCCUGUCCUCUGCCGCCUCCGACAACCUUCCCAACAAUCCCUCCGCCACUGCUGGCCUGGACCCUAUCGCCCGAGAUACUCGCAAUGCCCUCUUUCUUCCUGGCCAUGGCGCCUCAGUAACCCUUCCAAGCGCCCCCCAGCCCGCCUCCAUACCAUCACUUGAACCCGCCGACUCGACCGACGCUAAUAACCCCCCCGACGCCGACAUGGAGGUUAUGCCUUCCCCCACCUACGACAUCUCCAGCUUCCAGGGUAUCAGAGCUAUGCUGCUGGACCACAGGGACUUUCUCAAGGGUACGCGGUCGCGGGGCAGGGGCUCGUCGUUGGAGCGCGUCGACCCGGAGUCCAGAGUAGCAGGACGCCUGCGCAACACGCGCGCCCACUCGCAUUCCACAAGUCCUGAAGAUUCCUUCAUCCCCCCGGUCCGCUCCCUGGACCAGAAACUCGACAAGGACGUUGCCGUGCCAGAAGGACGGCCCAAGAAGCUCGAGCAGCGCUUCUCCGUUGGGCCCGAAAAGAUAUGGUCAAUCGGCUCAAGCGAGGCCAUUGAUGGCCAGGAGGAUGGCCAGGUUGAGAAGUCGGUUCACGAGGCCAUGAUCGGCGCCGAACCAAACGCUCGCAGCCGCAAGGCUAGCUACAGCCUCCGCUUUUUCCGCGAGGGAUUGCCCAAGGAGGAAAAGACGCCUGGCCGCAGAAAGGACACGCGCCCCAAGGAGAAACCCCCCCCGAGCCACGAACCUCAGGAGCCGUUAUCCCUCGACAUAGCUGUCGAGGACUUCGCCAAGGUCGCCAGUUCGCAGCCAUCACCCAGGCUUCUCGACAAGAAGGACUGCUUGCCAAAACAGCUGGAACGAGUAAAGACCUUUCCUCUCCAGUCACCCCAGGCUGGCGAAACCCCCAUUCUCACCGAAUCGCCCACCCAAGAUUAUUUCGGUCUGAGAAAGGUCAAUGGCGACAUUUUCCACAAGGCGGACACCGAGGGCGCCAGACAAGCUGGAACUCAGGCCGAGUUCGAACCGGGGGGCUCUGAGGGCGAUGUCUCGCCUCCUGCCGUCCAAGUGGCUCAGGCGGAUGACUCUCGACGCCCGUCCACAUGCAGCAGCGAACACGGUGAAAGCCACGAAGAGGGAGACGAGUCGAGCGAGGAAAAGAUUUCCUCGGCAGUAUUCGUACCGCAUGCCGGCUUGGAAGAGGCCGCUGAGCGCGAGCGGGACGUGGCGAAGCCAAGACAGACGGCGGGCUCUCGCAUCAGCUCCAGAGCCGAGGACUUUCACCCUUGGCUGGUCAAAGCCGACGAACCCGAGCCCGAGCCUGAGGAUGAGAAGGCCUCUCCCGAUCGUCCCCCCGACACCCCCUCGCAGAAAGCCAAGCCGAAGCGACUCCCCGAUGAGCCGAAUGUUACUCUUCGUGAGGUCCAGCCCAGCACCAUUAACGAUCUUCCCAUUGAGGAAGAGCUGGACCCGCCGGGGACACAGCAGGUCCCCACCCAUCUUGAGGAGCAUACCCAUCAUCACCAAGCUGAGGAAAAACAACCUCUCGAGGCGAUUGAGCUCAUUCCCUACAAACAUCAGGUCGGCGGCCAUACCACACUAUGGCGCUUCUCCAAGAGGGCCGUGUGCAAACAGCUUAACAACAGGGAGAAUGAGUUUUAUGAAAAGGUGGAGCAGGAUCAUCCGGACUUGCUGCCAUUCCUCCCUCGGUACAUUGGCGUGCUGAACGUCACGUUUCACAAGCAACCUAGGCGCAAGUCGACCCAUAAGCGUGAGGAUGCCCCUAUGCUGGAGCGCAGGAAGACCGGGGACAGCGGGAUAACGGUCUCGGCAUCACCGUCCAAGUCCAACGCUGCCAGUGGCAACUCAAACGGCGCAUCCCAAGCCAACACAGAUCACCGCAGAAUUAUCAGCCAGUCACUGUCAAAAGCACCGGAGCCCAUACCGACCGUGACUUUCGACGAUAACUGGCACAUUCUGCCAAGGAAUCUACUUCAGCCCACGCCGCCCCCUACGGCUGCCUUGCCGGCCCGCGGCCGGAGCACCUCGUCCUCGGGUCUGCCUGAUUACCCUGAGCAGGGCAAGUUUUCAUCCCCCACAAGGCCCAGCUUGGAUGAGAGACACGCCAACAGUUGGGGCGCGACGACUGUCAACAAGCGGCUGCGCAAUGAGGUGUUCAACGACGUCUUCUUGAAGCAGCCGAUCCCGAUUUAUAAGCACCGUAGACCUCACCAAAAGUCGAUGGCUUUCCGGAAACAGCCGACCCUGCGGCCGGCCAGCUCUGUUCCCGACCUGGUGCGCAGGCAAGACGCGUCUGCCCAAGAAGGCCACGCGCCUCAGCGUUCCAGCCCGCUCCGACCAAGCAGCUCCUCGCCGCCCCCGACGGAAAGCAUCCCAAUGGACCGUCCUGACCGUCCUAGCCGCGCAGAGGCAGCAGAAGCCGAGGACAGCGACGUCAAAGAUAUGACUGGCACUAGUGCGCCGGAGCCGGAGACGCUGGCGGACAAGAUCAUCGCGCAGAAGAAGAAGCGGCGCUACUCUGGGACAGGGCUUCGACGGAAGCCACGAACAGUCACGGAGUCUAGAGGGCAUCUCAAGUACUGGGAGGAGGCGGAUGACGCUGGCUAUAGAGGCGAGGACGAAGGCGGACAAUUCCUUGGCACAUCGCAAGUGAACUCGCCCAUGAUCGAAGCACCGAAUGCGAAUGGUGCGGGCUCUCGUGAAGGAGCCGCGACGGAACUGAGUCUUCCUGACUCUGCUACAGCUGCACUUGACACGGAAGCCUCGAACGGGGCUGAAUAUCAUUCCACACAUGCGUCGGUGGUGCCGUCCGAGAUGCCCAGUCCCACUCCAGAGUUCCACAAAAUUCCACGUCCCGUGAAUCCCAAGGAAGCACAGACACAGCGGGACUCCCGUGUGGAGUACUUUCUUCUGCUGGAGGACCUCACAGCAGGCAUGAAGCGACCAUGCAUCAUGGACCUGAAGAUGGGCACUAGACAGUACGGCGUCGAGGCCACGCCCAAGAAGCAAAAGUCGCAGCAAGGCAAGUGCGCCAGGACUACUUCGCGUGAACUUGGCGUGCGGGUGUGUGGACUUCAGGUCUGGGACGUCAAGAGCCAGUGCUACGUCUUCAAAGACAAGUACUUUGGGCGCGACCUCAAGGCUGGCCAAGAAUUCCAGGACGCCUUGACGCGAUUCCUCUACGACGGCGUCGACUACUCUAGCAUCCUGCGACAUAUACCAACCAUCCUACAGAAACUAGACCACCUCGAGUCGAUUGUCAAGAAGCUGGACGGCUACCGCUUCUACGCCGCCAGCCUCCUCAUGUUUUACGACGGUGACACGACGACCGAGGGUAACGAAUACGAUACAGUCGUUGACGAUUCUACGACUGACUUUGCAACUGACACGGAAGAGACGUCCGCGUUGCGCGAAAGGAAAAGGCAAAGCAAGAAGCGCGGCAUUGACUUUAAGAUUGCCGAUUUUGCAAACAGCCUUACCAAGGGUGACCUUGCCGAGGGGAAGCCAUGUCCGCCUCAACACCCUAAUGAGCCGGACCGUGGCUUCCUCCGAGGCCUUCGAACGUUGAGGAAGUAUUUCUUAAAAAUCCAGAAAGAUACCCGGGCGGCCAUGGGCCUGGACUGCCAUGGACGCAGUAACAGAACGGAUGUUGACGAUAUCGACAUGGACCUCAUCUCGGACGACGAGGGGCUCGUCAGCGAAUGA